GCCGCGGCGCUCAUUGGCUUUGCCACACAACUCAUUUGCAUGCCGCAGUUUCUCCCCCCAUCACGUGAUCGGAGGGGGGCGCUGAGGCUUCCUGUUUGAGGUCAGUGGGGGGGGGAAGAGGAAAAUCGAGUAGCGGGCCUCCCUCUGGUCUCGCGCUGCCUGGCGGGGUUCUUGUCAGUUAGCAACAAAAUGGCCGCGGUGGCAGCAGCUCUGCUCCUGAGGACGGUGGUGGCGGCGGCGGUGGCGGCAGCAGCAGCAGCGAGGAGGAGCGGGGGCCCGGCACCGCCUGCCUGCUAGAGAGAGAGAGCGCGAGACGCUGCAGCCCCAGUCUCCCCGCCACAGAGGGACUUUGCCUGAGACGCUGCUGCUGCAGCCCCCUGAGGAAACGUUGCUGCCUCAGCCUCCUGCCUCCCCCUGGGGCGCAAGACUCCUGGAUCCCCCCCCUCCCCCUCAGUGAGAGGCUCCGCUGCGGCAGCUUCCAGUCUGGUCCUGAGAGACGCUGCUGGAUCCCUCUGGAGGAGACGGAGACACCCCGCUGGAUCUCCCCUCGUCCCAUUCCUGCCACAGGAUCCUCCGCGAGAGACGCUCUGCUGGAUUCCCCUCUCCCCAUUGGGUCCCCCCGUGAGAGAUCCUUCUGCUUGGAUCCCCCAUAAGAGAGACUGCUGGGUCCUCCCCCUGUGAGUGACUGCUGGAUCCUCCCCCCGUCCUUCUCCGGGUGAGAGAGACUUCAUUGGAUCCUCCUCCUGCCUGGAUCCCCAUAUGAGACUCUCUGUUGGAUCCCCCUGUGGCUCCGUAUUUUGGAGGGGGAGCCCUCUUUGAACCCGUUUGAGGGAUCCACUUUCUCCUUUUAAUUUGCACUUUUUGAAGCCUCAGAUGCUCCUCCAUGUGGACUGAGAAUCCAUCAACACAAACAAGAAAUAAACUCUCCCCGAUCCACUCUAGAUCCUGAAUUCCUUGGGUUUUUGCUGCAACUCGAAAGCAAAUGUGUAUUUAAAACAAAAUUCGUGUGCAAAAGUCUAGCUAGGGACGUUUUUUCCCCUUUCUUUCUCCACUGGAAAUCAAAAGCUUGUUUUGGAAUUGAACUUGUUUCUCCUGCACUUGAGCUGGAUAACACUGAAGCUCUUUGCUCUUCUGCUUGGAUACUGUUUUCUUGUUGACUUGUUUUUCUUCUCUUCUGUGGCAGGUUGUGGGGGGAGUUGCUUUUUGUUUUUGUUUAGUUCAGGGCGGGAGGGAACUGAAUCUUUUUUCUGGCCGUGUGAGAUUUUUUUUUUCCUGUUCAGAUUCGUGAAAUUACGGGUAUUUUUUUAAAAAAAGCAUUAAAAUAAGAAGCACGUCAGAGAGACCACACGCCAGACGAAAUACUCACUUGUUUCAUUAUAGAAAGACUGAGUCGAAAGCUGCCAAAGAGCCCCUGAAGGAAAAGAAAAGGGAGAAAGAACAAGAAAUUCAAGAAGAGGAACAUUUGAUGGAAGAAAAGAAAAAGAAAAAGCAGGAAGAAAAGAAAAAGAAGGAAGGUGCUCAGAAAAAGGCUGCUGAACAAAAAACCAAAGUGCCAGAACCUAUUAAGACCAGUUUAAGCCAGCCCCAGCCUGCCGGUACCGGUACCAGUACUUCCACCAGCACUAUUACCAACAGCAGCAAUGGCAAGCGUACGUCUGCUAAUGGGCAGCAGCCAGCUGCAUCCCGUUACUUGCCUCGUGAGGUGCCUCCACGCUUCCGCCAGCAAGAACAGAAACAGCUCUUAAAGAGAGGUCAGCCACUGCCUACCGGGACUCUGACCAGCGCAAGCCCACCACAAGGUACUGGACAAGCAGGGGCAAGUCCUCCUCCACAGCCAGGAGCAGGUGGACAGCAUCAUCCCAGUAAGACCCAAACCCAAACAGAUCUUAGUCACAGUAGUUUGGGAGACCAUUAUGAAAAUUCCCACUGGGGACAACAGCCCACUUUCAGAAGUGAAGCCAACUGCAGCUGGGAUAAAGUGAUAAUAGACAGGACUGACAAGGAAGCGUGGCCUUCCAUUACAGGAACUGAGACUGAAUCUGCUUCAGAAUGUACUACAGAAACUGACUCUGCCUCCAACUGUGGCUCAGAGAACAGUAGCAUGGCUACAGGGAGUGCCCAAGGCAACUUCACUGGACAUACAAAGAAAACUAAUGGCAAUAAUGGCACCAAUGGAGCACUCAUCCAAGCUUCUAACCAGAGUGCCCUUGGAGCUGGUGGAGCAAAUGGUAAUGGAAACUCAGCCAGAGUGUGGGGUGUGGCCACAGGCUCCAACUCUGGCCUAGCUCACUGUUCUGCCAGUGGUGGGGAUGGAAAGAUGGACAACAUAAUUGCAGAUGGUAGAAGUCAAAACUGCUGGGGUGCUUCCAACUCAAAUGCUGGCAUUAAUCUUAACCUUAACCCUAAUGCCAAUCCAGCUGCCUGGCCUGUACUCGGACAUGAAGGAACUGUGGGAGCAGGCAACCCUUCCAGUAUUUGUAGUCCAGUCAGUGCCAUAGGUCAGAAUAUGGGCAACCAGAAUGGUAACCCAACAGGCACCUUAGGUGCUUGGGGAAACUUGCUGCCGCAAGAGAGCACAGAACCACAAACGUCCACUUCUCAGAAUGUGUCUUUCAGCGUACAACCUCAGAACCUUAACACUGAUGGACCAAAUAACACUAACCCCAUGAACUCUUCACCAAACCCUAUCAAUGCAAUGCAGACUAAUGGACUGCCAAACUGGGGGAUGGCUGUUGGUGUGGGGGCCAUCAUCUCGCCCCACCUGCAAGGCCUUCCUGGUGCUAAUGGAACAUCAGUUUCUCAAGUCAGUGGGGGCAAUGGUGAAGGAAUGGGUAGUUCAGUAUGGGGACUAUCCCCAGGUAAUCCUGCCACAGGAAACAGCAAUUCUGGGUUCAGUCAGGGGAAUGGAGACACUGUGAACUCAGCAUUAAGUGCUAAACAGAAUGGAUCCAGCAGUACUGUGCAAAAGGAAGGAAAUGGAGCAAGUGCAUGGGAUUCAGGACCUCCUGCUGGUCCUGGGGUACUAGCAUGGGGCAGGGGCAGUGGCAACAGUAGUGUUGGUAGCAUGCAUUCUGGAGCUUGGGGCCACCCCAACCGUAACACCAGUAAUGGGGUUAACGGUGAAUGGGGCAAGCCCCCAAAUCAGCAUUCCAAUAGUGACAUCAGUGGUAAAGGAUCAGCAGGGUGGGAUAGCCCUAGUGUUACCAGCCAGAAUCCUGCCAUGCAGCAGGGCAAUGAACAAAUAAACUCUUGGGCCAAAGCUGCAGCAUCUGUCACCACAGCUAGUGAAGAAGUAAUGACAGUGGUGGAGUCAAAAUGAGGGCAGUGCUGGAGAGAAGGAGCAGGAGAGGCCAGAAGGAGAGACAAGGGGGUGAUAGACCAAGGGCAAGUCCUGCCAAGGAAUGACCUUGACCCAAGAGUCUGUCCAAUAGUGGUUGGGGACCAGACUCCUGUAAAGCAAAACACUGCCUGGGAAUUUGAAGAAUCCCCAAGGUCUGAACGAAAGAAUGACAAUGGAACGGAGGCCUGGGGUUGUACAGCUUCUCAGUCUUCAAACUCAGGGGGGAAGAAUGAUGGGUCCAUCAUGAACAGUACAAAUACCUCUUCAGUAUCUGGGUGGGUCAACUCUCCACCCUCAGCUGUUCCAACAAAUACAGGUUGGGGAGACAACAACAACAAAGCACCAAACGGCCCAGGGGGAUGGGGAGAAUCAGCUAGCUCUACUGCUGUCAAUGCUGCUGCUGCUGCUGCUACUGCUGCCAAAAGUGGCCACGCUUGGAGUGGGACCGCAAAUCAGGAGGACAAAUCACCUACGUGGGGUGAACCUCAGAAACCCAAAUCUCAAAAUUGGGGAGAUGGACAGAAAUCAAAUCCAGGCUGGACUUCAGGAGGUGGAGAUUGGACUGAGUCAUCGUCCGUACCUGGACACUUGCCUGAGGGGAAGAAGAAUGGAUCUGGAUGGGAUGCUGACAAUAGAUCAGGGUCAGGUUGGAAUGAAACUACAAGGUCUGGGACCAGUGGGUGGGGAAAUGGCACAAACACCAAGGCUAAUACAGGUACAAGUUGGGGAGAAUCUCUAAAACCUAGCCCUCAACAGAAUUGGGCUAGUAAACCACAGGACAAUAGUGUGAGUAACUGGGGAGGAGCAGCUUCUGUUAAACAGACUGGGUCAGGAUGGGUUGGUGGGCCAGUGCCACCCAAACAAAAAGAUAACAGUGAGGCAACUGGCUGGGAAGAGCCUUCUCCACCAUCCAUUCGCCGUAAGAUGGAAAUUGAUGAUGGUACCUCAGCUUGGGGUGAUCCAAACUACAACAACAACAAGACUGUAAACAUGUGGGAUAGAAACAACCCUGUAAUUCAGAGCAGUACCACAACCAACACCACCACUACUACUACCGUUAUCAACACAAAUAUGGUUGAACCUCAGCCAUCGCACCAGUCAAGUGCCCAGCCGAACCGGUCCCCAUUGCUUGGUCCAGGAGGAAGCUUCUCUGGGGAUGAAUCAGGUUUGUGUAGUAAAGAAGGCUAUUAUCUGUCGAAUCCCUACUUGGUUGCAGAGAUUGGAAAUUAUGUAAUGAAUGAAGUAGGAGAUUGCAGGAAGAGAAGAGGAGGUCUCAUGGGCUGGGGAGAAAUGCCUACUGUCCAUGCAAAGACUGAAUCUUCUUGGGGAGAGCCCACAUCCCCUUCUGCUGCAGUUGAUAAUGGCACUUCAGCAUGGGGGAAACCCCCCAGCAGUGGCACAGGGUGGGGAGAGAAUUCUGCUGAGUCAGCAGGGACCUACGGAAGAGCAAAUACUCCAGCUGCUGCCCCAGCACUGUGCAAGCCAGCUUCUAAAUCUAUGCAAGAAGGCUGGGGCAGUGGUGGGGAUGAAGUGAACCUCAGUACUAGUCAGUGGGAAGAUGAAGAAGGAGAUAUGUGGAAUAAUACUGCUUCACAAGAGAGUAACUCCUCCUGUAAUUCAUGGGGGAAUGCCCCAAAGAAAGGACUUCAAAAGGGCAUGAAGACAUCUAGUAAGCAAGAUGAGGCCUGGAUCAUGAACCGUCUGAUAAAACAGCUCACAGACAUGGGCUUCCCGAGAGAGCCAGCAGAAGAGGCCUUGAAGAGCAACAAUAUGAAUCUCGAUCAGGCCAUGAGUGCUCUGCUGGAAAAGAAGGUGGAAAUGGACAAGCGUGGAAUGGGAGUGACCGACUAUAAUGGAAUGGUCACCAAACCCCUUGGCUGCCGCCCACCAUCAAUCUCCAAAGAGUCUUCCAUGGACCGUCCCACCUUCCUUGACAAGGAUGGCGGCCUAGUGGAAGAGCCCACUACUUCACCAUUUUUGCCUUCACCAAGCCUGAAGCUCCCCCUUUCAAACAGUGCACUCCCUAAUCAGACCCUGGGCGGGAUUGCCUCAGGGCUGGGCAUGCAAAACUUGAAUUCUUCUAGACAGAUACCGAGUGGCAAUCUGGGUAUGUUUGGCAAUAGCGGAGCAGCACAAGCCAGGACCAUGCAACAGCCGCAGCAACCGCCAGUGCAACCUCUUAACUCAUCCCAGCCUAGUCUUCGUGCUCAAGUGCCUCAGUUUCUAUCCCCUCAGGUUCAAGCACAACUUUUGCAGUUUGCAGCAAAAAACAUUGGUCUCAACCCUGCACUAUUAACCUCUCCAAUUAAUCCUCAGCAUAUGACGAUGUUGAACCAGCUCUAUCAGCUGCAGCUGGCGUACCAACGUUUACAAAUCCAGCAGCAGAUGUUACAGGCUCAGCGUAAUGUUUCCGGACCUAUGAGACAACAGGAGCAGCAAGUUGCACGUACAAUCAAUAACAUGCAGCAGCAGAUCCAGCAGCACCAGCGCCAGCUGGCCCAGGCCCUGCUUAUGAAGCAGCAGCCUCCCCCUCCACAUCUAUCUUUGCACCCCUCUGCAGGCAAAUCAGCCAUGGAUAGCUUUUCACCCCAUCCCCAGGCUCCCGGCCUAUCUGACCUGCAGACCAAAGAGCAACAGUCUUCACCGAACACCUUUGCUCCUUACCCUCUUACUGGGCUGAAUCCAAACAUGAAUGUAAGCAGCAUGGACAUUACUGGUGGUUUGUCAGUGAAGGAUACUUCUCAGUCUCAGUCUCGCCUUCCUCAGUGGACACACCCCAACUCUAUGGAUAAUCUAUCUAGUGCUGCUUCUUCACUUGACCAGAAUCCUAGCAAGCACGGUGCUAUUCCUGGAGGUCUAAGUAUUGGUCCUCCAGGAAAGUCCUCCAUUGAUGACUCUUAUGGACGGUACGAUCUGAUCCAAAACAGCGAUUCACCAGCCAGUCCACCUGUAGCUGUUCCUCACAGCUGGUCACGUGCCAAAACUGAUAGUGAUAAAAUCUCCAAUGGUUCCAGUAUUAACUGGCCACCAGAAUUUCAUCCUGGAGUGCCGUGGAAAGGACUGCAGAAUAUUGACCCUGAAAAUGACCCAGAUGUCACUCCUGGAAGUGUUCCGACUGGGCCUACCAUUAAUACCACCAUACAAGAUGUUAAUCGCUAUCUUCUCAAGAGUGGAGGGUCAUCCCCAACAUCAUCUCAGAAUGCCACGCUGCCUUCAUCGAGUGCCUGGCCGCUUAGUGCCUCCGGCUACAGUAGCUCUUUCAGCAGUAUUGCAUCCGCACCUAGCAUUGCAGGUAAAUUGUCAGACAUCAAGUCUACAUGGUCCUCUGGCCCAAUCUCUCACACACAAGCCUCUCUAUCCCAUGAACUAUGGAAGGUACCCAGAAACACUACUGCUCCUACGAGACCACCUCCAGGUUUAACAAACACCAAGCCAUCAUCUACCUGGGGUGCCAGUCCACUGGGUUGGACCAGCUCUUAUUCCUCUGGUUCUGCCUGGAGUACUGACAGCUCAGGAAGAACAAGCAGCUGGCUGGUUCUGCGUAACCUCACACCCCAGAUUGAUGGUUCUACACUGCGGACACUGUGUUUGCAACAUGGCCCUCUAAUUACAUUCCACCUGAACCUGACUCAAGGGAAUGCUGUGGUCCGCUACAGUUCCAAGGAAGAAGCAGCCAAGGCCCAGAAGUCUCUGCAUAUGUGUGUUUUGGGAAACACUACCAUCUUGGCUGAGUUUGCUGGUGAAGAAGAAGUAAACCGUUUCUUAGCACAAGGCCAGCCACUGCCACCCACCUCCAGUUGGCAGUCCAACACUGGAACCAAUCAGACUCGUAUGGGCUCCACGAGCAGCUCUCAUGGAUUGGUGCGGAAUGAUGCAGGCCACUGGAAUACUCCCUGCCUUGCUGGCAAAGGGAGCAGCGAUUUGCUCUGGGGUGGGGUCCCUCAGUACUCAAGCAGCCUUUGGGGGCCCCCCAGCACCGAUGAUGGCAGGGUUAUUGGCAGCCCAACACCUUUGAAUACUCUGCUCCCAGGUGAUCUUCUCAGUGGAGAGUCCAUCUAGGAAGGAGAGAAACAAAGUGGAAAUAACAAUCAUCAGCACUAAAGGAAAAAAUUGUAACCCUUUCCAGUCCAGGGCUUCACGAAGAAUCCAGCUUUAACAGAUCAGACUGGCAGCCCUUUUUAGUACCUCUGUCCAAUAUCGAAUAUGAAACUCUGCAGAAGUCCUUGUGAACUGUUAAUGAAACAGUAUGGGCUACAUUUGGUCAGUGUCACAUGCUAAUGACAGGUUUUCUUUUUUCAUGGCUUUUUAUUUUGUCGUCUUUUUAUGUUUGUAUGGUGUUUUUAAAAACGAAGUAUAAAAGCUGCUUAGAAUAGGUCUAUCAUGAAGGGCACUUUUCAGAAUUUGGGCUGGAAAGGGUUAUUUUAUCAACUUUGGGGGGAGGGAGAAAAUGAAAGCCUAUUUUAAAUGAGCCUGUGACUAUUAUGCACAUUACCAGAGGCGGACCCAAUAAUCAGAAGAGAGUGGAGUGUGAUAUUCAUCUUUGGUACAGAAAAGUAAUGAAUCUGAAUGGUAACUAUUGACUGUACAGGUUGAAUUAGAGGGUGGGGGUGGGGUAUCUAUGUCCACUGCUCCCAUGGAUCUGCCUAUGCACAUUACCCUUGUUUCAUUACUUUUUCAUGUCAUUUUUUUAAAAUCCCCCCAAAAUAUAAAAAGUU